UGAACCAGCUGUGGCUUUACACAGAAGAUUUUUAACAAUCAUGUGAAUAGUUUGUGUAGGGUUGCACAGCUGCAAAAGCAAUUGGAAAUACAUCUAGUAAUAAAUAUUAAAUAAGGCAUUGUUACAUUUAUUAUAACAUCAUUGGCAUAUGUUGCUGAACGGCACGCAAUAUUUGUUAGAUUUUAGUUGAAAUUUAAUUCCAGGAAUUUGCUUCAUGUGACAUACACAUAUUGAAUAGAUGAGACAGUAGAUAAUGAAUGUUAUAUUGUUAGGCAGUCAUUGGUAGAUGUCAGUUUGGAAAAUGUGGCAGAAACUGAGAGAGUCAGCUAUCCUGGCAGACGUCCCCAGCAUGGAGUCACUCCAACACGCGGCGCCGACAAUUGUGGGGUGCUGUGUUGCUGCAUGGGCCGUUAGGGCAGCAUGGAGGAAGCAUGCAUUUAACCAGAAGCUAUCCAAGAAGAGAAGCCAGUUAGAAGCUUCCAUGAACAAAUUACGACAACAGCUUUACCAAUACCCACUGAGCCUGACGACAAGAGAGUAUAUCUUGAGCCUUUCACUGACAGACCUCCAGCACAAGCUCCAAAGAGGGGACCUGACAGCUAUGGAUGUGCUCCGAGCUUACCAGUCUCGGGCUUUGGAGGUUGAUGAGAAGAUGAACUGCGUGGUAGAGCCAAUUUUAGAAGCCGAGGAACUGGCAAUGUUAUGUGACUCCAAGACCGAUCCGAAGGGACCACUUCAUGGUAUUCCAGUCAGCGUCAAGGAAAACAUUGAACUGAAGGGUUAUGACUGCACGGGUGGUAUGGAAUACUACGUCAACAAGCCGGUAGCUCAAGAUGCAGUGGUUAUCCAGGUGCUGAAACAACAAGGCGCUAUUCCCUUCAUGAGGACAAAUAUCCCCCAAACUUUGUACAGUUACGCUUGCUCUAAUCCCAUAUAUGGCGUGACAACACAUCCCAAAGAUCCCACCAGGAGCCCUGGUGGGUCAUCAGGGGGUGAGGGUGCCCUUCUUGGGGCUGGAGGCUCAAUCUGUGGGCUGGGGACAGACAUUGGGGGCAGUGUGCGAGUACCUGCUCAGAUGUGUGGUGUGUGCGCCCUCAAGCCCACCAGAGGGAGACUCAGUCCUGAGGGCCACUUCACUGUGAAUCCCGGACAGACACUAGUUCAAGGUGUAGUUGGUCCUAUGGCACAGGAUGUGGAGGGUCUGGUUAAACUCACAGAGGCUCUCAUGGCCCCUGAGAUGUUCGCCCGUGACCCUCAAGUUGUCCCAAUUCCUUUUAGGAAAGAGAUGUAUGAGAGCACAUGCCCCCUGAAGAUUGGAUUUUACACUUGGGACGGCAACAUUCGUCCAGUCCCCGCUACCAUCAGAGCAGUCCAUGUCGCCAAGACGGCCCUGGAGAAGAUAGGACACAAGGUUGUGAGCUUCUCGCCUCCACAGAUAGCCACGGUUUUCCCGUCUAUGUUCGUGGCCCCAAUGGGAGGAGAUCGAUGUCAGUCAGUCAUGGAGCGAAUGGCUAACGAUCACGUAGAUGAAAGUCUUACGCUAGUGUAUGCAGCAUGUUCUAUUCCCACGUGGUUGGUGACCCUCAUAUCCAAAGCUCUUCAACCUCUGGACCCUGUUUUGGCGAAAUCCUUCCAGAAGUUUACAGGAGUGAAGUCAGUGUAUGACUGGUACAAGGUAGCAGUCAGAAUCCAGAACUACAGAAAGGAGUUUCUGGAGCACUGGCGCAGACAGGACUUGGAUGCCGUCAUCUGCCCUGUAUAUCCAUGUCCAGCUGUGGUUCUCAGUAGUGCAGGGAAACUGACGGCCGGUGGUUCCUACUGCGCCCUCUACAAUGUGUUGAGAUACUCUGCUGGAUCCAUUCCUGUUACAACGGUGACCGAAGCAGACGUACAGGAAGUGGCAGAUCCAAAGGUGUACCCAGCUACUACGCUGCUGGAAAAGCUUGUCAAACGGGGUUCAAAGGGCAGCGAAGGUUUGCCCGUGAGUGUGCAGUGUGUGUGUCUGCCGUACCAUGAGGAGCAGGUGCUGAGGGUGAUGCACGAUGUUGAACGAGGACUCAGAACAUAGUACAGCCCACUACCAGCCUCGACAUCAGAUAUAAGUCACAAGAUGACCUGAAGACAAAAUCAGUAAUGAGUAACUGAUCAUUAUCUAUAUGUAUGCUGGAAUGUUUUGUGAAGUUUAGGGCAGGAGGACCUGGGCCCACUUUCACAAAGCAAUCUUAGCCUUCAUGUGAUCGUAACUCCAAUACACAAACAUAGACUUACGAUCAUCAUAGCGCUAAGUUGGCUUUGUUGAUGGGUCUGAGUUGAUUGUAACUGCAAUACACAAACAUAGACUUACAAUCAUCAUAGCUCUAAGAUCGUGAUGUGGAAGGGUCUGAGGUGACCUUAACUCCAUAUACUAACAGACUUACGAUCAUCAUAGCACUUAGAUCAUGUUGUGGAAGGGUCUGAGGAGAUCGUAACUCCAUACAUGAACAUAGACUUAUGAUCGUCAUAGCACUAAGAUCGUGAUGUGGUUGGUUGUGAGAAGAUCGUAACUCCAUACACGAACAUAGACUUACAAACAUCACAGCACUAAGAUCGUGUUGUGAAAGGGUCUGAGGAGAUUGUAACUCCAUACACUAACAGACUUCGAUCAUCAUAGUGCUAAGAUCACUUUCUGGAAGGGUCCUACUGAUGACAUGGUGAGUGCCUGAGGGGGGUGGUCCAAGUGCUUGAACCUUAUUGAACCAUGGCCAUCACCUAAAACCUUGAAACAGCAUUGUAUUAAUAAUCUAAUUAUAAAAGGUAUUCAAAUGAUUACUGUGAAUCAUCUUUCUUUGACAGAUGUGUUCUUGGAGUCUUCGCACAUGCAUCUAACUUUUUGCAACAUAGACGAUGAAAUAUCCAGUGGAAAGAAUAUAUAGUAAACUAAUGAACUCAAAGGAACCACUAAUUGUAGUAUGUUAUAACCAUAGUUCAUCAUCGACAUUUCAACUAAAAUAUACAUCAAGUGGUCGGGGCAAAGUAUAUUCAUUGGUCUGGUCUGAGCAUGUUUACUUUACUGUGCAGCUGAUACCAGACCAACCUGAACACUUUUGUCAAGUCAUGUCAGUAGUCCUUUCCCAUAGCAAUUAGCUUGACGUUGCCAGGAAAAUAGUACUUAGAAACAUAGGAUAUGCAUGUCAUUUGUGUAAAAGAAGAAACAGAAAUUUUAGAUGCUGCAUGGACAAGAAAAUAUUAUUAUCCUCUAUCCCUUUCCACCUUCAUGUCAGAUAUCCGAGAGAACAUUUUUUUACCAGGCAAGGGCAGGUUACUCUACCAUGUCAGUGGCUAGGUGACGACCUUGGAUUUGCUUUCUGGACAUGACAAAGUGUGUCAUUCAAUCGUAAAACUUUGAAAUUAACAUGCAGUGUGUGCAUGAUUAUUGUAAAAAGUACAUAUAGAUUAUAUAAAUUUGCUUAGUUAUAAAAACAUCCAAUCUAACACAGUUAGAAAUAAUGUUUGAAUUACCUCCCUUUGUGUCUGGGAAUUUUUAGAGUUGUCUCCCUUGAUUGGUUACCGUGGAGUCAGGUCUGGUGAUCUGUUGUGAUGCAUAUCAUGCUCAAGGGGUUCCGAUUAUAUGCUUGCUCAAUUUCUGCCAAUAUUCUUGCUACCACAAUAACCAGAUGACUAGAAACUGAAUUGUUCUGGACAAAGACUUAGUAGAUGUCUCCAGAUUCCUGGCGUUCUACCUUAACUGCGGACAAACAGAGGUCAAAUUGUGAUAAUUUUAUUCUUUUCCAAAAGAAAACAAUCAAGAAUGUCAUGAAUACAGAGUUUCAAAUAAUUGUGUGGACAAAUGGAAUCAGUACAAGAAUAAAGGACAGAAUGUGAAAAUCUGUUCCAGUUUGUUUGCAUCCUCACAUGGCCAGGGUAGUUUAUCUAAUGCUGUUAUGAUAGUGAGUGAGUUAAGUUUUACACCGCACUCAGCAAUAUUACAGCUAUAUGGCGACAGAAGAUCAAUUCUAACCCGGAUCUUUACGAGUAUGCUGUUAUGAUUGGUAGCUUGGAACAUUCAGCCCUUUAUCUUCCUCUUGAAAGAUAUAUCACUAUCUCAAUAUGUCGUAUCAAUAAUUAAAAAAUUUCUACUGCACUUGAUUUUGAUAUUAAUAGAUGUGUAUCUAGUUUCUAAAUUUAC